AUGACAAAUGUUCAGUUGGUAAAAGGGAUGAAAUUUCUAAACUCCAAGGUUUUUAGGAAGGCUUUAAAGGAGUAUGUGAUUCAGCAUUACAUUGAUAUCAAGUGGAAGUUGAAUGAAAAGAAGAAGAUUUCUGUACAUUGUAAGAACAAUUGUGGAUGGAGGUGUUAUGCCUCAAUGGUGACUAGAGAGUGCACAUUUGAGAUCAAGACAAUUAAUCCUAAUUGUACAUGCCCUCUAACAUUUCAAAAUGGGCAAGUUACAUCAGCCUAUGUGGCAAACAGAUCAAGGAAGGCAACUAGGGGUUUGAUCACUGGGAAUGAAGAGGCUCAGCAUGGCCUACUUAGAGAUUAUGCAGAAAUGAUAAGGAGGACAGAUGUAGGAAACAAGGUGAUAUUGCAAAUAGAGAUGGAAAAUGAGAAUGCAGAACCCAAGUUUAAAAGGAUGUUGGAUAGAUGCCACCUGAAGGGUAGGUUUGGUGGGCAAUUAUUGUCUGCCACUGCCAAGGAUGGAAAUGACAAUAUAUUCCUAGUGGUAAUGGCUGUGGUUGAGAAAGAGAAUAAGGAUAGUUGGAUUUGGUUCUUGGAGCAGUUUGCAGAUGACAUUGGCAAGCCAGAGGAUCUCAAUCUAGUAUUCAUCAAUGACAAGCAGAAGGGCCUUCUACCUGCAAUGGAGACUUUAUUUCCAACUGUAAAGCACAGGUAUUGUGUGAAGCACAUAUACAAUAAUUUCAAAGUUAACCACAAGGGCAUGGAGUUGAAGAGUGUAUUAUGGAGGUGUGCUAGCACAACAUCAGUCAGGGAAUUUAAAAGGGGGAUAGAGCAUCUUAAGAGUUUGGAUAAAGAAGCUUGGAAGGACCUUGCAGAUAUAAAGCCUGCAUAG